AUGUCACGGUGGCUAAUUCCCGGAUCGAACGCACGCACCGCGCCCUACAAGAACAGUGGCGCGAGAUCGACCAAGGCGCCGGUUCUCGGCGCCGGUCUUACUAACAACGGGCCAGAUUUACAACUGGCCCAACCCGCAUCGAGCAAACGCGGGAGUGAGGACAAGGGGAGGACAGACAUAUCAAAGGCUAAGCCCGUCAGCGGCGCCAAGAAAUGCAAUACUGGCGCCAAGUCCUCCCCAAACUAUUGCACGACGUGUGACACAGCUUUUACGUCGGCAGUGCAGCUAAGAACGCACAAGAUGGCAAGAGCAUGCGAAGACAGGCUCCAAUGUAGGCACUGUCCAAUGAGAUUUGGCAGUUACAAGUCCACCCGACAGCACGAGCGGAGGGCACACCCGGUGGAAUACGCCGGUGAGAUCGAGAAGAUGCGCGGUCCUCUGCCAGAACCAGAGAUCUUGCAGAUCAUGGCGAGGAUCGAAGCCCGUGAACCAGCCGGGCGAGUUAAUAAGUGCAUGGCUGAAGCCACAGAUCUCACCGUUGACCAGGUGCGGUUCAGGAGGAGGAAGCCCGAGUAUCAGAGAUAUCUCGAGCUCGCCCGGAAGCAAUUCCGGGCCUCUGGUACUCGGAUUUUACCAGCAAAAUCUUCUUCCCCCGCCGCAUCUACUAGCGGAUCCUCCGUGGUGUGCCAGACGCCCGUGCCCGAGGGAAAGGACAAACUUAAACAACCAGCCUCCUGCGAAAACGAGCCUCUUUCGCAGGACAUGGAGUCUCCUCUGCUUCAGAAGGUAUCAGCAAGGCAGAAGCGGAUGAGGGAGAGUUGCUCACCGCACGACCUCAACCCGCCAAGAGGAAGACGGCUGGAGUAG